UGUCGCAACUGGCCGCACCGCGGCUCUCCGGGCCGCGGCAUGGCGGCGCCAGGCUGCGAGGAGGCGCGGGCGGGCGGCCUGGCGCCGGGGGCUGGCCCCUCGCCCACCGGUGUGGCGCGGCGGCGUGGCCGGACGUUGCUGGUGCGGCACCUGCCCGCCGAGCUGACGGCGGCAGAGAAGGAGGAGCUGCUGCGGCACUUCGGGGCGGCCUCCGUGCGCGUCCUGGCGGACCAUGGGAGGCUGAAACACACUGCUUUUGCUACCUUUCCCAGUGAAAAUGCUGCUGUAAAGGCUUUGUCAAGACUGCAUCAGCUGAAACUUUUAGGUCACACUUUAGUGGUUGAAUUUGCAAAGGAACAAGACAGCGCGCAGGUUCUUUGCCAGCCUUUACCCUCAGAGAAAUGCAAAAGUUCAGAAGAGCUGGUGAAAGAGGAAGAGAAGAAAGAACCAAACUGUCUUAAAAUAGACAAUGGAAUUGCACCCAGCCAUGGUCUCACCUUUCCCAUCAAUUCUUGCCUCAAGUAUCUGUAUCCACCACCUUCAAGUACAAUUCUAGCAAAUAUAGCAAAUGCCUUGGCAAGUGUGCCCAAAUUUUAUGUCCAGGUACUUCAUCUUAUGAAUAAAAUGAAUCUUCCUCCACCUUUCGGACCAAUUACUGCUCGCCCUCCCAUGUAUGAAGAGUAUUUACCAGUGCCUGUGCCACCUCCCCCAAUCCCACCUCUGCCUCCUGAAGAGCCUCCUCUGCCUGAAGAGGAAGAAGAGCAAGUAUCUAGUGAGGAUGAAUCAGAAUAUGAAAGUGAUAACGAGGAGGAAAAAGAGAGAAUGACCAAAUUGAUGGAAUUAGCAACCCUUCAGCCUAAAAGACCAAUAAACACAAAGAGGCGUGGUGUUAGAAAAAAGCAAAGAAUUAAAGAUUUACUUAAUGUUCCAGUGUGUGCUCCCCACAGUAAUUUGCACCCUACGCUGUCACCUUCAGAUGUCUUUGAGCAGCCACAGCAUGUAGGUCAUAAAAAAAUUGAGUUCCAUAUUACUACUGACAUCCCAUCUGUUCUUCAGAUAAACUCGGGAAGAGAAGAAAAAAAUGACCUUUGUGCUGCCAUGGAAGAAAUCAAUAACACAGGAUUUGGAAGGAUUUUCCCAGCUCCUAGCUCAAAUGAUAAAAUGGAAACUGAGGAAGAAGAUGAGGAAAUACCGUCAGAAUUUAUUUCUAGAAGGGAACUAGAGAAAAACAGGCUUUCUAGAGAAGAAAUGGAAAAAUUUUCUGUCUUCAAAAACUAUGAGCCAGGUGAUCCAAAUUGCAGAAUAUAUGUGAAGAAUUUAGCUAAACAAGUUCAAGAAAAGGAUCUUAAGUUCAUUUUUGGAAGAUACGUUGACUUCCAGUCAGAACUGGAACGAAAUAUGUUUGAUAUACGUUUGAUGAAAGAAGGCCGUAUGAAAGGACAGGCUUUCAUUGGACUUCCUAAUGAAAAAGCAGCUGCUAAAGCUUUAAAAGAAGCAAACGGAUAUGUCUUAUUCGAAAAACCCAUGGUGGUUCAAUUUGCUCGUUCAGCUAGACCAAAGCAGGAUUCCAAUGAAGGGAAAAGAAAAAAAUAGAAUGCUGCAGAAGAAACAUUCCUGCGUAAAUACUGCAAUAAUACUGUCAUGCAGAGUGUAUCCUUUCUUGUUGUAUCCUUUUUUGUGCAAUGUUUCCCAUAGCACUCAACUACCUCUUUAAGUUUUCACCUAGAGUAGGUGUGGGGAGGAGUUUAUACAUUUUAGAAUUUGAACUAAUCUGGCAAUUUUAAAAGCAAAGGGCACUUUUUCAGGGGGGAAAAAAUCAGUCGUCUCUGUUGGGUGAAUAGAUGCCAUGAAGCUUCAUAAUCUUAAAAGGUGGCCUCCACCUUUUUCUUCAAAGGUUAUACAACUUAAUUUGUGAUACAAUUCUUUAGCUUGUAUGGGAUUGAAGUGUUACAUUGAUGUGUGUGGAGCUGUGCUGAGCUCACAUUGAGGAUGUCUUGCUUUUCUUUAAAUAAAUAUCGUAUGUCACAAAGCCAUUCUUACUGUUAUUAAAGGGUAGGCAAGUGUCUUAGACCAUUUGAUUUCUGUUGUCCUGGUAUAUGAGAAACUGUCUAUUGAUUUUAGUUUGUACUUUUUCUUUUUUGAGUAGAGGACAAAAUCUAAUAGUAUCUCAUAAUGAAGUAAUAGAGUUUGGCAUUGAACUAUUAAUCACUACUACUUUGUUUUUAUUUUUUCUAUGCACUGAGGUAGUGUAUAGAACUUAAAUUCUGUAUGAGUUAUAUAGCACACUGACUUAUUUUUCUUGUGGAUUUCGUAUUAUGUUAUUGUUUAAUUUACUGUAAUAUAAAAUUAAUACAGCCUGUAUCUAUUAAGUCAGAUUUUUUUCAGAUAACAAUUUUAGAAUAUUAAGCAUCUUUCAAUUUAGUUGUCAAAAGAAAGCAUAUCACUACUAUUAUCUGGCUGUUCAUACUUCUAAUAUGCCUUUGUGAUGUUCCAGGUCCUUUUUGUGUUCCAUCUCUUUCAAGUAUUACCAAGCUUGGCGAAGAAGCAGUGUAAUCAGCGGGACUCUGAACUGUGCGUAGUGCAUUUCUAAAGUAUUUAAUGCAGAGUAUAAAUUUUCUCAUCUUAAAGAUUCCAAAUGUGUUGAAACUGUCAUGAGACUUAUCCAGUAAAUGUAUGUACGUUUGCUUUUGAAAUCUCUAAUAAAUUAUUUCCUUUCUC